AUUCUAUUCAAAUCGCAGUUCAAGUAAAUCACACAUGAUUUUGUGUUCUCUGGAAAGAUUUCAAAAAAUAAAAAAAAAUCAUUAUUUUCAAUCAAAUCGUUCGAAUUACAAAUAUUCCAAUUGACAAAGCGUCUUCUCAAGUGAUUUGUGUGUUAAAAAAUCAGCAAGAAAAAUGGGAAAUGCUCCAAGCAAAAAAGGAAGCGUCGUUGAGAAAACUCCAGAAAAAUCGGUUGCUGCGAUCAAUGACGAGCAUUCACCAAUUGUGGAUGAUAUAAUUAAAGCCAAUAAAAUGUUGGAGCCAAAAACGCCAGCCAUUCCACAAACACCAUUGACUCAAACAAUUGCACAUCACUUGAAUCGAAUCUCAAACGACGGUGGAAAUCAAAAUCAAGCAAUCAAAACACCAUCAUAUCUUCUUCGCAAGAAAAUUUUGUAUGACUUGGGCUACAACUAUUCGAUCAAAGAAGAUCCACGUUCACCAAGCAUUGCAAUUCCACGAACACCAAUAAAUUUGACAGAAACACCACAGGGUGCAGUGAAUGAAAGUGACAGCAGCUCAUUCCAGUACAAUACAACGCUCGAUGAUAGCUGUCGGGAUUUCAAUGCAAAAUUGGACGACAUAACUAUGGAAGAGGCUGUGAUGGUAGAGGGAGUUCAAAAAGUGGAAUGUGAUGAGAACAAAAAACAGGAUUUGUGCGAUCGAAAAACUCCGAAUGGUGAAAUGGACAUUUUACCAGACUUUGGAAAUCGCCCGAAUGCCAAUAAAAAAGAAUACUUAGCAAGCGAUGCAUGCGAAACCGAUUCAAAACAAGCAAAAUCGUCAGAAGAAAACAUUGAUCCAGACGAAAUGAUGUGUUCAACACCAUUUAUGAACAAGAAUAAUCGAACGGGACGAAUUCCGCUGAGCGUAAUCAAUCGUCGUGGUGCAUCAGCGGAGCAGGCACUGAAAACACCAUUGCAUUCGAAAAUCAAUAAUGAGUAUAAGAGUGACUUGUCAUUCAGUAAAUUGGACGACAGUCGCGGCAGUGCACGAAAAUCAAAAAUUCCCGUUUUCAAAAAAUAAGCCAAAAAGAACAGAUCUGACUAGAUUUUUACAGCAUUGAUUGAUGUUUUUUUAUUGAGUAAAUAUUUAUCGUCAUUUCAUUCAAAUGAUUUAUUACAUUCAAUUUUGAUGUAAUUUUGGUGUUGGUCUCUUAUGUUCUUACUCAUAUCCAAUCAAAUUAGCAUUAAGUGACAAUGAAAUAAAACAAAUCUUUUUUUUGUUUUUUCCUACAAUUUAAGCGACAAAAAAA